UCUUCAGCUGGUCAGCUUUUGUUGCAGUGUAGUGUUCGAAAGUCUUGGACGUAACGGAGCACGUUUUGGGCGUGCAAAUAUGAGGGAAUGAAUUUAACACGGUUUGAAGGUUCAAACGAAGUAUGGAUCCGAGUGAAGUCGAAUUUCUCGGUGAGAAGCAACUGGUCAGCAUAAUACCGAACUUCAAUCUGGACGUAAUCUACCUGAUCUCGGGCUCGGUAGGACCAUUUCGCGCCGGUCUGCCUGUUAAAGUGCCCAUUUGGCUCGCCGUUUGUCUCAAGCAGAAGCAAAAAUGUCGUAUCAUCAAUCAAGACUGGAUGGAAGUCGAGGACCUGAACGAAAGGAAAGAGAUGGAAAAGUUGUCGAAGUUAUUCACAGAGAUGCCAAGUUAUCAUUACAUUGAUGAGAGUCAAAUCUUACUGAGUGUGGCAAACGAUGAUAUACCUGAUGCAGAUAAUAUAAGAAUUGCUGUAAAGGAUAUAUGGGAUAUAAGAAUGUCAAAAUUACGCACAUCUGUGGAUGCUUUUGUGAAAAGCGAGGGAGUACAUGCAAGACUAGAUCAUCUCACCGCAAUGGAAAUCAAUGGAGUACGUCCAUUGUUGCCACAUGCAUUGGAUCAAAUGUUACGAAUACAAUCUGCAAAUUCAGGAGGAGCAAGUUCUCAGUAUAACGGAAGUACGUGAGGAAGGUAACGUCGAAUUACCAAUUGUUAUCAGCAGAUUGAAUAUUUUUUUUGUAAUUUUUUAUGCUCUAUUUCCGGAUGUAUAUACGCAAAUAUUCACUUCGAUAUUUCAUCUUCACGCAGUGUAGACUUUUCUAAAAAAUUAAUAUAUAUAUAUAUAAUUCAAUAUUUAGGCCAAUCACAUUAAAUUAAACAUAAGUAAUGCAGGAAGUACAGGAAAUAAAAAAGCAGAAUAUAUUUACAUACAAAUAUUAUGUUACAGUUUUAUUCGACCUACUUUCAAGUCGUUACAUAUGCUCACUAGUAUAUCUCUAUCACAUUUUUUCGUUAUCAUAUGUGGUAAGUGCGUAUUUACAUUGGUGAACUCUGAAUCGAUUUUAUAUCUUGUGCCCAUUAUCGUAUGGCAUUCCAAAUCUAUAUUUACAUACUCGAAGCUUAAGCCACAAUCCUUUAGCGAUCUUUGAUUUCUGUCCCUAAGAAUAAUUUUAAGUCACACGAUUAUAAGACGAUUCUCACUCGGCAGGAGAAGGUCGAGACAUCUCGAUCUCGUUUAUUGAAUCUCUUACAGAUACACGUACGGGUAAUCUUGCGCGGUGAAUGACAAAUCAGGCUGAGACAACGAACUUACUUGACAGUGAAAAUAUCGCACCGUGACGAAUUAGUAAUGUUAAUGUCGAAUUCACAAUACGUUUAAAUUGUGACGUCAGAGUGACAGGAGAAUUACGUGACAAUAAGUUUCUGCGAAGGAGAUACAAUACGGAAGAUUAAAAAGACUAAGAACGCGUAAAUGCAGCCUGGCGUAUCGUUUGGUAGUGUCAAUAAAUUAUUAAUUCUAUAAUCGUAUCGGCAGUGUUUCUUACAAUGACGAAAGUCAAUAGAUUAAAAAAAAAAAAAA